AUGAAUUAUUGGGACACUGGGACUUUGAAACAUCUGAACAGAGUGUUAAUCCUAGUGGCGAUAGACAUUAUAGAACUGCGACAAAAGCGCGCAAUUGACCAGAAAGCGAUGUUGUUUCAAUAUGAACAAUUUAGUAUAUACAUAGUGAGUGAUAUAUUAAACUUCUGUUGGCUAAAGAGGGAUCGAGAAUGUCAAUCACUUUACUGGUGA